GGCUGCCAUGUCAGUCACACUGUGCGCUGCUCCCGUUGGUGGAAAGACUCCCCGGCUGUGGUGCUGCCCACUCCCGUGCUGCGAUCCAGGCGCGUGACGUCUCAGACAUUUGUUGUUUGGGUUUGGGCCUUAUUAAUUAUUCAUGAGGUGCUUUGAAGGGCUGCAAUGAUUGGUGGCUGAGAAGCCUGAUCGAUUGUUUCUUAGCUAGAGAUACGUGUCUUUCUCUACGCGGCCGGAAAAGUUUUGCAUAAAUUAUUCCGAUGAAGGGAGGGGCGGGGCCACGCAUAGAUUAGGCAAAUGAGCCGGGGAGGGAUGGGAGGCCGGCUACGAAUUAGCCUAAGUUAUUAAAGAUGGCGGCGGAGCGGAGUCGCUCCCCGAUGGACUCGCCGGUCCCGGCCUCUAUGUUUGCCCCCGAGCCCAACUCCCCGGGGGCGGCCAGGGCCGCGGCGGCUGCCUCCCGGCUUCACAGCGGCUUCGACUCGGACUGCAGCGAGGACUGCGAGGCGCUCAACGGCGAGCCGGAGCUGGACCUCACCAGCAAGCUGGUCCUAGUGAGCCCUACGUCAGAGCAGUAUGACAGCCUACUUCGGCAGAUGUGGGAGAGGAUGGACGAGGGAUGCGGAGAGACCAUAUAUGUCAUUGGGCAGGGAUCAGAUGGGACUGAGUACGGGCUGAGUGAAGCUGACAUGGAGGCCUCCUACGCUACAGUGAAGAGCAUGGCAGAACAGAUAGAGGCCGAUGUCAUCCUCCUGCGGGAUCGGCAAGAAGCUGGGGGUCGUGUGCGUGAUUACCUGGUCCGGAAACGAGUAGGAGACAAUGACUUCCUGGAGGUCAGGGUAGCAGUAGUGGGCAACGUGGACGCUGGCAAAAGCACACUUCUGGGGGUCCUGACACACGGGGAGCUGGACAAUGGCCGAGGCUUUGCCCGCCAGAAGCUCUUCCGCCACAAACAUGAGAUUGAAUCUGGUCGCACCAGCAGCGUGGGCAACGACAUUCUGGGCUUUGACAGUGAAGGCAACGUGGUGAAUAAGCCAGAUAGCCAUGGCGGCAGCCUGGAGUGGACAAAGAUUUGUGAGAAGUCCACUAAGGUGAUUACCUUCAUCGACUUGGCGGGCCACGAGAAAUACCUGAAGACCACUGUGUUUGGCAUGACGGGCCACUUGCCCGACUUCUGCAUGCUCAUGGUGGGCAGCAAUGCCGGCAUCGUGGGGAUGACCAAGGAGCACCUGGGUUUGGCAUUGGCACUCAAUGUGCCUGUUUUUGUGGUAGUCACCAAGAUUGACAUGUGUCCUGCCAACAUCCUGCAAGAAACCUUGAAGCUGUUGCAGCGCCUGCUGAAGUCGCCCGGCUGCCGGAAGAUCCCUGUGCUGGUGCAGAGCAAGGAUGACGUGAUCGUCACGGCCUCCAACUUCAGCUCUGAGAGGAUGUGCCCGAUAUUCCAGAUCUCCAAUGUUACUGGCGAGAACUUAGAUCUGCUGAAGAUGUUCCUCAACCUGCUCUCCCCCCGUACCAGCUACCGGGAGGAGGAGCCUGCUGAGUUCCAGAUUGAUGACACCUACUCUGUACCGGGUGUGGGGACAGUGGUGUCGGGGACAACACUGAGGGGCCUGAUUAAGCUGAAUGACACACUGCUGCUGGGUCCAGAUCCUUUGGGUAACUUCCUGUCCAUCGCUGUCAAAUCGAUCCAUCGAAAGCGCAUGCCUGUCAAGGAGGUGCGGGGGGGCCAGACAGCCUCCUUUGCACUGAAGAAGAUUAAGCGCUCCUCUAUCCGGAAGGGCAUGGUGAUGGUUUCCCCGCGCUUGAAUCCUCAAGCAUCCUGGGAGUUUGAGGCUGAGAUCCUCGUCCUCCACCACCCCACCACGAUUAGCCCGCGCUACCAGGCCAUGGUGCACUGUGGGAGCAUCAGGCAGACGGCCACCAUUCUGAGUAUGGACAAGGAUUGUCUGCGCACUGGGGACAAGGCCACUGUGCACUUCCGCUUCAUUAAGACCCCUGAGUACCUACACAUAGACCAGCGGCUGGUGUUCCGGGAAGGCCGCACCAAGGCCGUGGGCACCAUCACCAAGCUCCUCCAGACUACCAACAACUCCCCCAUGAACUCCAAGCCUCAGCAGAUUAAAAUGCAGUCAACGAAAAAAGGCCCCCUGAGCAAACGAGAAGACGGGGGUCUGUCUGGAGGGUCGGCAGUAGGGGUGCCCCCACCUGGAGAUGAAGGUUGCUCCCUAGGGGCUGCGCCGUCAGCUGCACCCAGCAGUCUCCAGCCAAUGCCCAAGCCCAGCAGUGGGGGCCGGCGACGAGGGGGCCAGCGUCACAAAGUGAAGUCCCAGGGGGCCUGCGUGACUCCUGCCAGUGGCUGCUGAAUUUCCCCCACCCCCAUGGGAUCCUCAUACUCUGGCCACCGCUCCACCAGAUGGGCCAGAGCUGCUCUGACCGCCACCCACCUUCCCCCCAGGCCACAGCCGGAGCCUCAUCAUUCCCCCACCCCCCGUUUCCAGGGGCGUUGUAAUUUAUAAGCUGAGGAAGGUGGCCAGACUUCCGGAGGACUGACCAUCUCCCGCCCUCUUGCCCGCCUUCUCUCUCACCCCCAGUUUUUGUACAUCUGGGCCCUUAGUUUUUAUUCUUUUUAUUAUACCUCUCUCUAAUUGUGUGUGUGCGUGUAUGUGUUGUGCAGGAGUGUGGCCAGUCAGGGACAGUCUUUCUCCUUUCCUCUGCCAUGGCUGGCCACCAGCCUCCAGGAGUUGGCUGCCUGCCCAUUUGUCCGUCCGUCCGUGUGUCUCUGUGAGAACCUGUAGGGGCUGUCAGGAGCUGAAGGGUGUCCUUCCUCCCUGCGCUCUUCUGCACCCAGAGCCCCUCUGUGGAGCUGGCCUCAGGGCUGGGGGGGUUCCAGGUGUAAGUGCUGCUGCUGCCAGCUCAGGGAGCCCUCCUGGGACUGGGGCCUUCUGGGGGGGGGUGUAGUGCUGACUUCCUCUUUUCUCUCCCUUUUUCUCCUUAAACCCCAAAACAAGUAAUGCCAAAAGCUCUUAAAUUGUAGCCUGUAGGUGUGUGUGGGGGGGAGAGGUGAUUGGAUUGUAGGGCCCUCCCUGCCCCUAACUCCGACCUUUGCCACUCACCCAGAGACAGCUGGUGGCUUUUCUUUCCCCUUGGAGACAAUCCUGUGUUUGCCUGGCUGGCACCUGCUUUGUGAUUCUGCUGAGCUGGAGGCUCUUGCCUUGUCUAGGAGCCGCCUCCUGCUUGGCCUUUGAAUCUUGUUGGGUGUCAGGACACUGAUGACCUAUACUGGGGUCUGCCUGCUCAAGGUCAUGCUCAUGAGCACUCCCUGUUGGUGGGGUGCAGGUGUUCCUCUGAGCCAGGCGGGGACCGGACCCCCUCCUGCCCCCCACACCCCUACCACAUCGCCCCAACAUGGCUGCUACAGUGAAGGGCCUGAGCCCUGGAAGCCCAGUCGGGGUGCAGGGAGAACAGGGAGAGGGCAGUAAAAAGGACUCUUCCAGGCCCAGCACUAAGCUGAGCAUUAAGCCCUCUGGAAGAAUCGCUGCCUGGGGAGGGGGUGGGGGCGGGAUUGCCCAGGCCAGAGAUGGCAGCGUGGGCCCUGAGCCCCCUGGUCUGGAGCCCUCUGAUUAGGGUGGACUGAUGGGCAGACCCCCAGCGGGCUGGGCCCUUCCUCAGCCUUGCUCCCCUCUUGUCCCCAACCCCUCUCCUGAUGUCCUGCUCCUGGACUGCUGGUCUCUUCACUUUGCCUUCCAGCUAUUUCUAGUUACCACUGACCCGUGGCCUGACCAGACCAGCACACAAAAUAGAAGUUUGUUCCAAGUUGACAGUGUCUUGUUCCCUGUCUAGCCCCUCCAGGUGGAGGUGCUGUCACCGGGAACACAGUUGCCCUAGAGCCCCUGUCCUCAGAGCAGGAGGGAGGAGGGGAGCCCAGCCUCUCCUAGCGGAGGCGUGGCUUCCAUGCCCAGGCUCCUCCCCGGGCCCUUACCCAGGACAAGCUGCCAGCCUUCUCUGAACUUCAGUUUCCUCAUCUACAGCAAGAGGUAACCGCCUGCAUGGAGGAGGGGGUUGGGGGGUGAGGACUUAGGACGUAUGUGAGGCCCUGAGGGCCCAGCACGUGGGGGGUACCCGGUGGCUGGCCAUGCUACUCACUACCCGCUUUUACUCCCAAGUCCAUAGCAGAGGCCAUAAGCUGGGGGACGGGCUCGAAAGGAGAAAUGUAGCAUUGGCACGUCACUGCUGUGUGGCUGGGGCCGUGAUGGGUGUCUCACUCGCUUCAUGUUCUUUAAUGUCCGCAGCUGCUGUCUGUGAGGGAGGGGGCGGUGGUUUCAUUUUUCUGUGUCAGGAACCUGAAGCUCAGAGGAGCAGGGCCACCAGCAGGCGCAUCUGCGCACGCAGCAGCCCUCACCCCCAGCCGCUCCGGGGCCGCUGCUCCGUGUGUCCCUCAGCCCUUCCUGCUCCUUUGUCUGCUGGCUGUUUCCCUCUUGCUUCUUCACUCCGGUUCCACUUCCAGGGGCCGCUACCCCCUGGCGCCUUCAUAAUGGGAGGGCUCCGGCGUUGAGGGCCCCCGUGCUCUGUCCCCAUGGCAGGUGCUGUGGAAUUUGUUUCCACAGGAUUUGGCCCUGGUAGAGCCUCAGAGCAGGUGGAACCCCGCUUUGUUUGAAGUCUCCGGCCCCUGUGAGCAUAACCACUUCCUUUCCAUUUGGAAGCUGUGGCCUCUACUCUGGCCUCUGCCCUCAGACACUCAGGAGGUUGGUCUGGAUUUCUGGUCACUAGGCCCACACCGCUAGCAGGGGGCUGACUGAAUGCAGCAUUUUAUCGUCAUCAGCAGGGAGUACAAAGGUCCCCUAUGGGUCUCAGACCUACCAACGAUCCAUUUGGAACAAGAACACCAGCCCUUUUGUAGUUGAUAAAGAAUAAAGUUGUUAAUCUGAUCAUCUCGAA